AUGUCUCUUCAAGGCCUAAUUUCCGGAAGCGAAUGCGCACUCCCGAACAAUCCGCUUGCUCAGGUUCUCAAGCACACAGACGGCGACCGCAGCGUUCAGCGCGAUCGUAUUGCUGGACCAUCAUCCUCUAGACUCCAACACUUGCCUUCAACUGCAUCUAACAAUGUUUCCGAGGGUGACAUGUCCAUGGCACGCCACUUCUUCGACGCCGCUGAGCCAGAGUUACACUCUGGCAUGCAGCCCAGCCACGCCCGUGCCCUUGAAUUUGCGCAUAGGAUGCAGAUGACUAGAGGACCCAUUCCACAAGCUCAGGAUCAGACACAACCAAGUGCAAACAUGCAAGAUUUAUGGAAGCAGGCAGAGAUUCACAAUUUCUCCCAUGCUUCUCAAUCUCUUCAAGGUGCCUCCUCAUCUGUCUGGUCAUCUGAAUUUAGUAGUUCCGCCAGUGGACAUCCCAUGUCUCUCUCCCAAGCGUCCCUGCCACAAGCUAGUGCGACAAUAGACACUGCACAGAAUGCAUACACCUCUUCAUCAUUUUACCGGCCCAUGGGAUAUGGUACUGGAAUGUACAAUUCAAGUUUUCCUCAAUCAUUCUCUCCCGUCCAAGAGCAAGGGAAGGGAAAAGGCAAGGCUCGGGAUGACGCCUUUGAAGCUGCCUUCGCUCAAUUUUCAAUUGAGGCACCACCUCAAGCUAAGAUUGAGGAAGUACAUGAAGAUUCAACCAAUCAGGAAAGAGCAUCGACAAGGAAUGACAAGCCAGCCGAAGUUGAGGAUAUUAUGAAUCGCUUCCAGGAAACGAUGCAAAACUCGAAUGGAGAUGCCGCAACAUGGGAAGCUGAACUUCAGUCUUUUUUACAAUCUCAAAGGGAAGACACAGACUUUGAUUAUGGAGCAACGCUGCGAGAAGCCUGGGAGAAUGGAGUGGGUCAGUAUGAUGGUGACAGUAUGGCAGGUGCUAUGAAGUUCGAUGACGAAGGAGUUCCCGUGUUAGGGCCAUAUGUUUUUGAAGGAGAGAAUUGGAACCUCACAAACCUCGAUGCAACUUCAUGUCUCUCACAAGCCAAACGUCUAUUGGCGGAAAACGGCUCUCUAACGGAAGCUGCAUUGCUUCUGGAAGCAGCUAUUCAGAAAGGAGAGCUCGGGGAAGGAGGGUAUGAAGCUUGGAUUUUGCUUGGUGAAACGAGAUGUAUGGAUGAGAGGGAAGAAGCAGGGAUGCGGGCCCUCGUGGAAGGCUCGAGACGAGCAGCGGAGGCUGGAGAAAGGGGUGUCGGCUUAUUGUCCCUUGCCACAGCAUUUACGAACGAAGGGUACGAACGUGGCUCGCAUGCUAUGCUCCUUCGCUGGCUCACUGCUCGCUACCCGGAACAUUCUCCUUCAGCAGAGGAUGCUGCCGAAUGGCUCCGGCAAUCACACUGGGCCUCACGCGAACGCGUAACAGACGCAUUCCUGGCCGUCGCACGCGCACAACACUCAGCAGGCGUAGUGGACGCAGAUGUCCAAGUAGGCCUUGGGGUGCUGUUCUACACAAACGGAGACUUUGAGCGCGCCAAGGACUGUUUUGCCGCAGCACUUGCCAUAAACCCGCGCGAUUAUUUGUUAUGGAACCGGUACGGCUCGGCCUUGAGUAACGGAAACAAGCCAGAAGAAGCGUUGGGCGCGUACAGGGAGGCCUUGCAACUCCGACCGACAUAUACACGCGCAAUCUACAACGUUGGAGUCGCUUGUCUGAACAUCGGUGCUGACAAGGAAGCUGCAGAACACUUCUUGAGCGCACUUUCUAUGCAAGAGUCGCCGUCGGGUGAUAAGAGUGAGCAGUUAUGGUUCACUCUUCGUCGUGCACUUCUCUCAAUGGGUCGUGAAGAUCUUGCUAGUAGGGCCCAUUCGGGGGGUGAUGUAUCAGCCUUUCGCGCCGAAGGAUUUGAGUUUUGA